AUUAGUAGCUGCUUGGCGUGCGCAGUGUGCUUUUCCGGUCCGCUGGCGUGGUGGAGACUAGGAGCGAAGCCGCUGCUACCAUGAGCGUACCGGCUUUCAUCGAUAUCACUGAAGAGGAUCAGGCUGCAGAACUUAGGGCUUACUUGAAAUCUAAGGGAGCUGAGAUCUCUGAAGAGAAUUCUGAAGGAGGACUUCACAUUGACUUGGCUCAAAUAAUUGAAGCCUGUGAUGUGUGCCUAAAGGAAGAUGAUAAAGAUGUUGAAAGUGUGAUGAACAGUGUAGUAUCUCUGCUACUUAUUCUGGAACCUGACAAGCAAGAGGCUUUGAUUGAAAGCCUAUGUGAGAAAUUGGUCAAAUUUCGGGAAGGUGAACGGCCAUCUCUUAGACUGCAGCUGCUGAGUAAUCUCUUCCAUGGCAUGGAUAAGAAUACCCCUGCCAGGUAUACAGUCUACUGCAGUCUCAUUAAAGUAGCAUCCGCCUGUGGUGCCAUACAGUACAUUCCAACUGAAUUGGAGCAGGUUCGAAAAUGGAUUUCAGAUUGGAACCUUAACACAGAAAAAAAACAUACUCUUCUUCGCUUGUUAUAUGAUGUGCUAGUGGACUGCAAAAAGAGUGACAGUUCAGCAAAAAUAAUGGUAGAGUUGCUGGGAAGUUACACAGAGGACAAUGCUUCUCAGGCUAGAGUUGAUGCUCACAGGUGCAUUGUCCGUGCACUGAAGGAUCCAAAUACCUUUCUUUUUGACCAUCUUCUUGCCUUAAAACCAGUCAAGUUUUUGGAAGGAGAACUUAUUCAUGAUCUUUUGACUAUUUUUGUCAGUGCUAAGUUAGCAUCUUAUGUCCGAUUUUAUCAAAACAACAAGGACUUCAUUGAUUCUCUUGGCUUAUUACAUGAACAGAAUAUGGCAAAAAUGAGACUGCUCACCUUAAUGGGAAUGGCAGUAGAAAACAAGGAAAUCUCAUUUGACACAAUGCAGCAAGAACUUCAGAUUGGAGCUGAUGAUGUAGAAGCAUUUGUUAUUGACGCUGUAAAGACAAAAAUGGUGAAUUGCAAAAUUGAUCAAACACAGAGAAAAGUUGUGGUCAGUCACAGCACACACCGGACAUUUGGAAAGCAACAAUGGCAACAGCUGUAUGACACACUAAACUCCUGGAAACUGAAUUUGAAUCAAGUGAAAAACAGUCUUCUCAGUUUGUCUGAUACUUGAGUCUUUCACCUAUGAUUUCUCAGAUUGAAGCUUAGCUACAGUAAACCACUUCAAUUUGUUAAGUUUUUAUUUGUUUUCAAAAUAUAUAAUUGGCGACAAAUAAUUUGAACUCCAGUAUACAAAAGCAAUAAAUUUAAACCAAAACAAAUCUCAAUUUGUCCAGCUUUUAUAGUAAUGAAAUGUGUAUCUUCUGGCAUAAGGUAGGGAAGGAGCAGAGAGUCAACAGUAGAGUGAUAUUGCAAACUGAUGGUGUUCUAUGGCCUUUAACAACACUGGUAACUUUUAAGUGAAAAAGUUUAUUCUACAGGGUUUUAAUUUAAAUACAUAAGAACUGUAGGAAAGUAUGCUAUUUUCUUCAUACAGAGCAUCCUUACACUAUAGGAAGAUUUUUCUCAAUAGAUUGUACAAAACAUGGAUUUCCAAAUUACACUUCUGCUGUUUUGGCUGUCAUUGCUUUUUCUGGGUCAACCUCAUACUUUCUCUUUCUUGGCUGACCGUACUUCUCCAAAUACAGAAAUUUUUCGAUGUU